AUCGAGUUCUGACCAGUCCAACAUGGCUACCUGUGCCAAUGAAUAAUGAUGUACUAGCGCGCUGUAGCUUUGUAAACAAGUAAAGAAUAUCCUUUGACAUUGUAUAAUUUCGAAGUGAUUUUUUCACAAGGUUGUUACGACAACGAAAUUGUUAUACAACGUUUAGUUUGAUUUACUGGACGGCUUACGGGUAAACGGCAUACCGUAGGUUUUUUUUGUCAAACUGUCGCACCCAACCUCUAACGCGUCAAUGGAUAUCAGCGACACGGAGGAAAUCGCGCGGCACCCGAGGUCCAUCGUGCACUUGGACAUCGAUUGCUUCUACGCCCAGGUAGAAAUGUUACGGCAUCCCGAAUUAGAUGGCAAACCUCUGGGCGUACAACAGAAGAAUAUUGUCGUCACCAGCAACUACUUGGCGCGGAAAUUUGGCGUUGGGAAGUGCAUGUCAGUACAGGAAGCGUUGCGCCUGUGCCCCGGACUCUCUCUUAUUCGAGGUGAAGACCUGUCCGAGUAUCGCAGAAUCUCGACGAAGAUAUCAGAAAUAUUGCAUCAGUUCACACCUUUGGUCGAGAGGUUAGGUAUGGACGAGAGCUUUGUGGACGUAUCUUCGAUGGUAGAACGAUAUGAGAAUGAUAAACGGGACACUGAUUGUCGAAUGAAGGACGGAAAUUCUUGUGAUGAUGAUUACGAUGAUUGCGAAGAUAAGCCGGAGCAAGUCGUUGGCAACAUUUUUGGCGCCACCGAAGAAGAAUGUCCUUGCGGAUGUCACGCUCGCCUUGCUGCUGCCUCCAGAAUUGCCGCUGAUAUGAGAGCUCGCAUCUACAAAGAUUUGCAUUUAACGUGUAGUGCGGGUAUUGGUACCAACAAGCUGGUGGCCAAGCUGGCUGGCUCGCUGCACAAACCCAAUCAGCAAACCGUGGUAUAUCCGUGCUCCGGGCCAGCUCUCCUUACUAAGAUUGGACCUGUCUCUAAAAUACCUGGCGUAGGAUUUAAAACUGACCAGCUACUGGCAAUGAACAAUAUUAGAACAGUUGAGGAUGUGCGUCGAUUAUCAUUGGAAGAUUUAGAAUUGAAGAUUGGAAGCGACUUAGCCAGAAAGCUUAAGGAUAGCGCCGAAGGUAUUGACGAUAGUGCUGUAAAACCAUCUGGAAAACCUCAGUCGAUAGGUAUAGAGGAUGGUUUCAAACAUGUGUCAUUGGUAGCAGAGGUUGAAUCGCGCCUUGGAGCCUUACUGAGACGACUUACAGACCUGGCAACCGAAGAUGGGAGAAUACCGGUGGCAAUGAAAGUAACUGUGAGAAAACACGAUUUGAAUAAACCGAGUACGGGUAAGAGGGAGACAAGACAGUGUGCUCUACCUCAAGCUCUUCUACCAUCUACAAAGGGAGGCAUAUAUGACCAUGGAAAAAUGCUAAUCCUUGCCAUGAAGCUGUUUCAUCGAGCGGUCGAUGUCUCCAAACCAUUUCAUUUGACACUACUAGGAGUGGCAUUUACAAAGUUCGAAGAACGUGUCUCUGGAAGAAGCAGCAUCACCUCGUUCUUACGAAAACAAGUCGCGGUGCAGUCGGUACUUGACAUUAGUUCAGAGGAAGGCAUUUCGGAACUGGAUUUUGGAUCUGCUGGAACUAAUGACACUUCUACAAUUUCCAAUGUUGCCAUCAGUACUGCUGCAAUUGCAACUACAGCUACUGCUACGACGACUGUAGUGAGCGACGUUCUUGUCGCAGUAGACAGCAGAGACUCAGGUGACGAAAUGACCAAGUGUUGGUCAACUCCCAGUCCAGAUCGCAUGAUUACGCCGCCGUUGAACUUACACAGUCCAUCCAUGUCAUUUAGUAGUGCCGAAGCUACCGCGGGAGGUCACUCUCACAAUCAUCUUCAUAAUCACCACCCUCAUCGUCAUCAUCAUCACCGUCACCAUCCUCGUCAUCACCACCACCAUCAUCAUCAUCGUCGUCAAUCCCCGGAAGAAGAGGACUCUUCGGGAGAGGUAGAGCCAUCUCCUAAGAAAACGAAGCUUGAGGUUUGGUUAAGUGGCCGCAGGGAGUCACCGAGCAAUGAAAUGGCAAGUCUGAGGCUUAGCCCAUCUUCGCCUAUGUCAUCAGCAUCACCACCGCCAGGAACAGAUCCAGCUGUUUUCAAAUCGCUCCCCAUUGACUUGCAAACAGAAAUUAGCCAAUCAUGGUCAACUUCUAGCAAACCAAAACCAAACGAUAUACUUAAAUAUUUUAUAGCAAACAAGUGACAGAGCAACACAAGCUGGUAUACAACGAGAAAUGUCCGAUCAACUUGAAUCUGAGGAUGACCUAAAUAAAAUUAAAAUGAAUAUA